GCCUGGACAGUCACAGAGGCCAGCGCACGGCGGCGGCACCUUCCUUCUCGCAUCCCGGUCGCCCGGCCCUCAAGAAGGCAGCGGCGGCCGCAGGCUCUAGCAGGGGAGGCGGCGGAGCAUCGAGCAGAGAAGCGAGGAGGACAGGCAGGAGCGCGCGGCCGGGGCCACGCAUCUCCACACUCGCACAGCAACUCCCGUGCCUUGCACCCCCGAGAUCCGGGCUGGGGGCUCGGAGAGCCUUGGUGAAGCUAGCGGGCUCCAGCUUCGGGACCCCAGCCAGCUCGGUUCAGAGACUCCUGGGCGCUGGUCCCUCGCGGCGGGGUCCCCUCUUCUGCGCUCCGGACGCGCCUCCCGGACAGCCGGGUCCCCGCAGCUAGGACAAAGCCAUGAAGCCGGCGCUGCUGGAAGUGAUGAGGAUGAACAGAAUUUGCCGGAUGGUGCUGGCCACUUGCUUGGGAUCCUUUAUCUUGGUCAUCUUCUAUUUCCAAAGUAUGUUGCACCCAGUCAUGCGGAGGAACCCCUUCGGUGUGGACAUCUGCUGUCGGAAGGGAUCACGAAGUCCCCUGCAGGAGCUCUACAACCCCAUCCAGCUGGAGCUGUCCAACACUGCCAUCCUGCACCAGAUGAGACGGGACCAAGUGACAGACACCUGCCGGGCCAACAGCGCCAUGAGCCGCAAGCGCAGGGUGCUGACCCCCAAUGACCUCAAGCACCUGGUGGUGGAUGAAGACCACGAACUCAUCUACUGCUAUGUGCCCAAGGUGGCGUGUACCAACUGGAAGAGGCUGAUGAUGGUCCUGAGUGGCCGCGGCAAGUACAGCGACCCCAUGGAGAUCCCAGCCAACGAGGCUCACGUGUCGGCCAACCUGAAGACCCUCAAUCAGUACAGCAUCCCCGAGAUCAACCACCGCUUGAAGAGCUACAUGAAGUUCCUGUUCGUGCGGGAGCCCUUCGAGCGGCUGGUGUCUGCCUACCGCAACAAGUUCACGCAGAAGUACAACACCUCCUUCCACAAGCGCUACGGCACCAAGAUCAUCAGGCGCCAGCGGAAGAACGCCACCCAGGAGUCCCUGCGCAAGGGGGAUGACGUCAAGUUCGAGGAGUUCGUGGCCUACCUCAUCGACCCCCACACGCAGCGGGAGGAGCCCUUCAACGAGCACUGGCAGACCGUCUACUCCCUCUGCCACCCCUGCCACAUCCACUAUGACCUCGUGGGUAAGUAUGAGACGCUGGAGGAGGACUCCAAUUACGUGCUGCAGCUGGCAGGGGCGGGCAGCGCCCUGAAGUUCCCCACCUAUGCCAAGUCCACCAGAACCACCGACGAGAUGACCACCGAGUUCUUCCAGAACAUCAGCGCCGAGCACCAGACGCAGCUGUACGAGGUCUACAAACUGGACUUUUUAAUGUUCAAUUACUCAGUGCCAAACUACCUGAAAUUGGAAUGAAGGGGUGUAGGGGUGGUUGGGGAGAGGGAGAGAAUCCUGCUUUUUAAUUUAAGAUUUUUUUAUUUGUCAAAAGAAUUCUAUGGAUAACUGGGUUAUUUUGUAAAUUAAUCUGUCUUUGGGGGGAUGCUGCGAGCGGCAUGGUAGAAUUAUUUAAAUCCUCCGUGGGAAAGGACCGCUGUCUUUGCAGGAGAGCGGGGUGGGUUGUCCCUGUUUUCAGAAGGGGAUCCUGUGACACCGUCUCCACGGUCUCCACUGUCUGUGUCCUGGUGUGGUCCACAAACUGUGUUCCAUAAAGUCUAAUGAAUCUUAUUUAUAGUUAUUUAAAGGUGGUCUCUGUAGAGGUUUCUACAUGAGCAGACUGCUCAUGUCUUUCUAGAAGAGGGUACAGUCUGUGCUUUCCUGGCUAUGGCUCGUUUGGGGGCCUUGAUUGUCUCCCCACUAACCUCCCGUGGAAUCGCAUGGUGACAGCUGCUGGGAUGUGAGGAUGCCACCAUUCAGGAAACCCUGCUUGAAAUAAGUAAAUUGUCCUUGCACUAAGGAACAGGGAUGAGACUGGUUCAAACGGAUUGCUAGCAACCCCAAAGCCCCUGGCAGUAAAGAAAUGCAAAUUGUUUUAACCCAAGGAGAAAGCAGAUGAUAGCAAUUUCUGUUCACCAAAAUUAGCAGUCUAUAAGAAUAGGCUUUUUGUGGACAUUUUUAACCGGCACUUUCCAGUUCUAGUGAAGGCAGAAUAACUGUUGCUUUGAAUUCCAUUAGUAGCUAUUGAGCAUCUACUGUUUUCCAGGCUUGCCUGCAGGUAGAACAUUGAGUGAACCCAGGAGCCUUGGCCCUCAACAAGCUUUAUGUGAACACAGAGCAUGCAGCUCAACAGUGAACCAGCCCCCAUCCUUAUGAUCCUCACGUGGGCUGUAGACUAUUCUCAAGAGGCCCAGAGAGUCCAUGACCAUGGCAAAUUCGCAUUUUUCCAUAGCUCAAAUUUGAAAACCACACAUUUGGAUCAGGCCCAAGUACAUUGCCAGCACAAGAAGUGAAAGAAACCUUUUUGAUCAUGUGUAUCUCCUGCAGUUUCAUGGUAGCAGAAGCUGUAAGCCUCAGUAUUCUCUAGACACAAAGUGGAGGAGUGCUGUGAUUUGAUCAGUGAUGUCUGCCUCGGUAAGGGAAGGGGAACGUUUCUCAAGUGCCUCCUACUGUGAUCUCCAGUCCACAUCUUGCCCUGCCUGCCACUUAAAAGAGUGGAUUGCAUACGCUUGGGGAUUGGUGAAGAUCAGGUGUGAGGGUGGACCAUUGUCCCCACAGGCCCAUGCACACUGUCCCGCGCCCUGCAUUAGCAGAGUGUCCAGGCCCUCCCUUUCCUCCAGAAGGCUGGAAACUUGGUGUUUCCUGGUCCUUGCUGGUCAACACGCAAACCUGUUCUUCAUUUCUAGUUGUUGCUGAUGUUUCUCUGUUGACCUUUGAGCCACAUUCCCAUAACAGCCAGUGUCCGGGUAGGUAGCAGACGCUGUAUAUAAUCGUUCUAAUGAUAGGAGAGGGGGUAGGGUGUAAACUUUGCUUUUAUUGGGGUUUUUGUUUGUUUUGAUGCAGUAUAGAGUGAAGGGGUGAGAAUAUUCUGAAAAACAAAAAAAUGAAUAAUUUAUUCACAGAAACUAUUAAGAUGGUAUUGUCCGGCUCACAGUGAGCCCAGGAGCAGCAUGAGCUGCCGCACUGUCUCACUGAGGAAAUUAUUUUAUUUAAUGUGAGGGAGAUGUGAGCCAAAGCUGGCUGUAGCUAUUUAUAAAACACAGGUACCUUUCCCGCUUUCUCUUUCCUCGCCUUUGAUAGAUAGAUUUAUUACGUGUGUUUGACCAAGAACAGUGACAGACCUUGGCCAUCCCUGGACUAGAGGGGGCGUAUCCUCAAAACCUGGGCCUGCACUGCUGAUGCACGCUCCGCAGAGCACAGGCUCUCCAUAACGUCUGUCGGGAGGGUUUAUGGUCAAACAUCCUUAGAAUACAAAAUCAAGUCAGGUUCCUCUCCACAAGACUUUGCAGAGCCUUGAAUACAUGGUCUGCCUCGUGAGCCUGGGAGAAUGUAUUUUUCUGGGCUGCAUGACCUGGGUGUCUUGUAUGGCAUAUCAUGUCUUAGUUGGCAUUUCACACAGUAGCCUUUGGUGAGGGUGAUCUAGCCUGUCUGAGGUCUGCCAAGGUUGACAGCUGCUCCUAGCUCCCUCCACAAAGAAAUGAGCAGAAACGAGGGCCUGUCUGGGAACUUCAUGAGACAAAUUACGCUUUACCUAAGUAAAUGGCUCCAUCUGCAUACUGCCCAGACAGUGAUCCCGCCCUCCAAGCACAAGGAGGGAGGGAUGCCUAAGAAGGUUUUUUUGGGGAGGGGGCAGGUGGUAUAAGGACACAAAAAUAACCCCACUUCCUGGCCUGAAAGCCCACUCAGUGGGGAUGAUGGCCUCGUGACAAAUGCUUCUCACUUCCACCCACGGUUUGGAACUGUUCACGGCGUGCUUUGGGGUUUUAAAUGGAAACUCAUGUUGAUUUCCAUGUUUUGCAUUUCUGUUUGUCUGUGGUACAGCGCUGUGUGCAGAUGGAAGUUACUCCAUUUCUCUCUAAAGUGAGAAAGAUUGUCCCCUGGGAAAGUAUCAAUAUGCUUCCGGGAUGAGGGACUCUUUGUCUUGUUUAGUGUUCACAUCUUAUUUUCUAGUGACAAUUUGUUAAAAUAUGUAUUGGUUCAACUGUUCUUGCAGAGUGUAGAAAGUAUUCUGUGUCCCUGACUAAAGACAUCCAUUGGUGAAGUGUGCUUGGAAAUCCAAGUGUUUUCUAUAGGAAAGAAAGAACAAAUGUUGAAAAAGCUUUGCCUCACAUGCCUCUCAUGCUUAGGCAGAAAGGGAGCUGCCAGCGUCCCGGCUCCAAGCCACUGUUCAAAGGUGCAGCUGUGCUUUCAGGAGCAGGUACGGUCAGGUAGAGCAUCAAGGACAUGCCUGCUUAGCUUACCCAUCUACUGGAAAAGCCUAGAGGACCAGGCACGGUUCCCUGCUGACAGUCCCUAUAGCCUUCCACGCCCCCAGUGCCUUUCUCAGCUGGUCUGGGACGCAGGGCAGCCCACUGACCAGGUGUCAGACUGGCCUUGCCACCUGGUCCCCACGCAAGCCUUUCUCUGCUGCUUGGCCUGUUCAGUCCCAAGGAGAACUACGAGAACCAGAAACUUCACUCCAGCUGCCCACGCUCCAAGAGCGCUCCUGGAUACCAUGCAAGGGCCUGGGACUCUUAGCUCAUAGGCUAAUGGUGACAUUACUACCCUGCUUUAACUGACAAAACCACACGGGCUUUGCUUGCACACACACACACACACACACACACACACACACACACACACACACACACAAAUUGCCCCAGCCUGUGCUCUCCCGGUGCCUGACCCCCUUGGCCCACCUCUUCGUCAGCAGGACUGACCCCAUCACUCCCCCACGCUCUGCCCACCAGCGUCCCUAGCUUUUCCCCAGCACAGACAGACCCUCUGAGUGGGCAGCAGCUGAACCCUUGGACAGCAGCAGGCAGAUUUCAGCCUGUUCGCUUCAGGUACAGAAGGUGGUGUCCGAGUUCUCUUCUGAGCGUGCUCAGUAAGGCAUAUGGACAUAGAGUUUAGCAAAGCUGUGGACUGUGUGUUUUUUACCUAUUUGUAUGCAGUUGAGGGCCUGUUGAAGAACUCUCUCCCUGCAUCUUAUUAUACUGUUAAAGAAGCUGAAUUCCAUGUUGCCAACAGAUUCGUGAAAUGUUCCCGAACCUUCCUCCAGGAAAAGCCAUUCAAGCUUGAUUAUUUUUCUAAGUAACUUCAAUUAAAUUG